AGUCUCACAAACCGAACCCAUUUUUUUUUUCAUUUCGAUUUUUGGUUACUCCUCCUAUAAAUACCAUCACACAACUCCAACCAAAUCCUCCAUUAUUCUUUCUCCGUUUCAACCUGAGAAGAAGAAACAUAACGCCUCCACAAAAAAAAAAAAAACGAUAUAAACAUUAACAACAGAGAAGAAAAUCUCAUUUCUUAAUCGAUCUAACUACAACUGAAAAUAAAUAAAAAUCAACCCUAGCAGCAAUCAUGUCUGAUGCAUUUUGCAGCGAUUGCAAGCGCCAGACGGAGGUGGUGUUCGACCACUCGGCGGGGGACGCCGUCUGCUCGGAGUGUGGCCUUGUCUUGGAAUCUCACUCCAUCGACGAGACCUCCGAGUGGCGAACCUUCGCUAAUGAGUCUGGCGAUAACGAUCCCGUACGUGUCGGAGGUCCUAACAACCCGCUCCUCACCGACGGCGGUCUCUCCACCGUCAUUGCCAAACCUAACGGCGCCUCUGGUGAUUUCCUUUCGUCCUCUCUUGGGCGCUGGCAGAAUCGAGGUUCCAAUCCCGAUCGUGGCUUGAUCCUUGCUUUCAAAACGAUUGGCACCAUGUGUGAGAGGUUGGGACUGGUUGGAACCGUUAAGGACCGGGCGAAUGAAAUAUACAAGCGGGUUGAAGAUCAGAAAUCUAGUAGGGGAAGAAAUCAGGAUGCAUUGUUGGCUGCUUGCCUCUACAUUGCUUGUCGACAAGAAGAAAUACCGCGAACCGUGAAAGAAAUUUGCUCAAUUGCCAAUGGAGCCACCAAGAAGGAAAUUGGCCGAGCAAAAGAAUACAUAGUGAAGCAACUGGGUUUGGAGAAUGGUGGUCAAAGUGUAGAAAUGGGAACAAUACACGCUGGGGACUUCAUGAGGCGAUUUUGUUCCAAUCUGGGUAUGAAUAAUCAAGCUGUUAAAGCUGCUCAGGAAUCUGUUACGAAAUCUGAAGAAUUUGAUAUAAGGAGAAGUCCCAUAUCAAUUGCUGCUGCAGUUAUAUACAUCAUUACUCAACUUUCAGAUGACAAAAAACCUCUCAAAGAUAUAUCACUAGCUACAGGAGUUGCAGAAGGGACCAUUAGGAACUCGUACAAGGAUCUUUAUCCCCAUGUUUCAAAGAUAAUACCAAAUUGGUAUGCAAAGGAGGAGAAUUUGAAGAACCUUUCUAGCCCUUGAAACAAAUCAUUACCAUCCAUAUUCAACAACCUAGAUGUCAUUGAUUGAAACAGUUGCAUUGGGUGCAUUGAACUUUUGUAUACUUUUUGUUUGAAAUGAAAGCGUCUCUUUAUUUUUA